AUGAGUGUGCCAGCUGUUUCACAGCCAACUCAGACCACCUUGGAGUCCACCGAGUCUGUUGAGACCGAGCAGGUGUCUACACAGGCAGUCAUGAGUGGUCCAGCUGUUUCUCAGCCAACUCAGACUGUUCUGGAGUACACCCAGACUGUCUCAACCGAGCAGGUGCCUACCGAGACAGCUAUGAGUGUGCCAGCUGUUCCCGAGGAGUUUUAUCACGAUACGGACGAACAUCAAUAA